AUGGCGGGGCCAAGCAAUUCACAAGCCCCGGCCAGACCAUGGGAUGCACCACCACCAACUACCCAGAGGCAGUAUAUCAGCCUCCGAGAUGCAAGGUCCAACCAAAAUUUUGACACUGCGAUCCAUGCUAUAAUCAAAAGAUAUUAUCCAAAUCCCUGGGGGAACAUAUGCAGAUCCCACAGAAUCACCAGUAUUUUGGUUCAACAAUGUAAAGCUGUCUUGGGACUGAGACGACGAUUUGAUGUUCAAGGUCGUCAAGUUGCAGGCAGGAGGCACAACUCGAAUCCCCCGUCAAACAGAUGGAGGUGUUUAAAAAGUGCUACAAAAAAAAAGGAGGACGACAAAUGGAGUUGUUCAAAGAUAGCAGAGGUUGCGCCGCCGACAAGGUGUUAUCUUAGUGAGAAAAGUGUACCUGUGGGGCUUUAUGAUGAUUUGCUGAUAAUAAAGGAUAGACUCAAAGGAUCAGAAUCAAAGCUUGAAGUCAUCCCAAUUGUGGGAAUUUGCGGCAUUGGCAAGACUACUUUGGUUGCAAAUGUCUAUAGUGAUAUGCUUAUUGAGUAUCACUUUGAUGCUCGUGCUUGGAUCACACUAUCUCAAGUUUAUAGUGUUCCAGACAUCCUGCUACAAGUUCUGAAUUUUUUGAGGAAGCUCAGUGAUAAAAUCCUUUACCAGAGUGAGGAUGAGCUUUCAGAGCAUGUCCAGAAAACUUUGUGUGGGAAAAGGUAUUUGAUUGUGAUGGAUGAUGUGUGCAGUACUAAGGCUUGCGAUGAUUUCAGAAGAUAUUUUCCAGACAACAAGAAUGGGAGUCUAAUCAUCCUGACGACAAGGCUAGCGAGGGUGGCUAUUUGUUAUGCCGGCUCUUCAAGUCGUCUCCAUUACAUGAAUCUUUUGUGUGAUCAGAAAAGCUGGGAGCUGCUUUGUGCAAAGACUUUUGGAGAGGAACGUUGUCCUGGUCAAUUGAUGGAAAUUGCGUUUGGAUGCAAAGGACUUCCACUAGCCAUUGUUGUCGUUGGCGGGCUUCUAUCCAAGGUCAAAAGAACACCAGGUGAAUGGGAAAAUGUGUUGCAUAAAUUGUGCUGCGCUGCAAAUGAAGAUGAAGAUGCUUGCUUUGACAUAUUGCUUUUAAGUUAUAAUCAUUUGCCACAACAUCUAAAAGCAUGUUUCCUCUAUAUGGGAGUCUUCCCACAAGAUACUAAAAUUUAUGUCUCCCAAGUCAUCAAGUUAUGGGUUACUGAGGGAUUUCUAAAACAAAACAGAAGUCAGAUUUGGUGGAGAGCUGAUAGUAUCCACUUACCAAUUCUUAGGCACCUCACUAUCGAGAACUGCCUUAGACUGGAAGCAGUGCCUUCUGGUAUUGGAGAAAUACCAAAGCUUCAAAGUAUCGAGUUGGAUAAGUCUAGCCCGUCUGCUGUGACUUCAGCAGAGGAAAUCCUAGAGGAACAACGGAUCUUGGGAAAUGAUAGCCUUCAUGUUCACAUCUAUCAAGUGGGAACCACCUUCUCAUGA